GGACUUGAUCUUCCUCGCUGUAUUUGUUCGCGCAGUACCUUGUUCUUCUUUUACUGCAGUUGUAAUAUUUCGUUCACUUUUGCUGUAUUCUGUAUUUUGUAGUACUUCAUAAAGCUCUGUAUACUGUAUGGGACACUUAUGUAUUUGUAUUGCACUGGAUUACUGUAUUUUUAUUUUGGAGUGCUGAAAUUUGUGGAACCAGUUCGUCGUACUGUGGGAGGAAUAAGGGAACAAUUAUAGAAGUGUGUUUUCAGUGCAGGAAAUUUUGUGGUAAGUCCAUCCCUUAGGGGAGGUUCUGCCGGAUCUUCCACAGAAGGGUCCGGUAGGGUUUCCCUGGGAUCAGGGCUUGUCUAGGGUUCCGGUGGGGAACUUUGGACGGGUCCUGACAGUUGGUAUCAGAGCAUAGGUUCUUGUAAUCCUAAGGGACUGUGCAUUGCUGUACAGCCCAUCCGUAAAUUCCUUCCUUUUGUAAUCGUGCUUAAGUGUCCCUGUUUCUAAACUCUUGUUUGUUUCUUCAGUAAUCGACUACGAUGAGUCGGCGGGACACACGUAGAACUCGGGAACGCUCGGCUGAGAGUUCCGGGAGUCGAUCAAGCCUUAGAGAUCUGGUCUCUCAGCUAACUAGAGCCUUAGGAGGUUCAAGCUCUAGUAACCGAUCCGUGGAUCAGGCUCGACGUUUAGGAGCCGUGGAGUUCGAUGGAAGCCAAGGCCCAGCUGCAGCCUUGAAGUGGCUAUCCAGCAUGGAGAAAAUCUUGGAAGAGGGGAUGCAGUGCCCCGAUGAGGAUAUGGUGAGGAUUUCUGGGUUCAUGUUAGAGGGAGACGCCCGGAAGUGGUGGCAAAUGGAGAAGACCCGCAGAAGGCAUACGUGGGACCAGUUCAAGAUUGCCUUCUCUACUGAGUUCUGUCCUCCUGCCUACCGUGAGGCGAGAAGGAGAGAGUUCGAGGGACUGCGCCAGGGAAACAUGACGGUGACAGAGUACGAGAGGAGGUUCCGGGAGCUGUCAGAGUUCUGCAUGCACUUGAUUCCCGACGAUCACGCGAAGAAGGUGAGGUUCAUAGACGGGUUGAACGAGAGCAUCGGCUACACCCUUUCUGGGUCAGUACACCCCACCUAUCAGUCCGCCAGGGAUGCAGCGCUCGAGCUAGAGAGACAGGCGGAGAUACACAGACCCUCGAGGCGCAGACCGUUCGAAGGUUCGUACAGCGGGGUACCUCGACAGGGGGCAUCUAAGAAGAGUCAUAGUUCAGGCUCAGAUAGUGCUGGGUUCAGCCCUCGAGGCAGAUUUCAGAGGAGAGGCGGCUAUCGUAUGCCCCAACCAGCGCGCCAUUCCAUCAGCGGCGGCACGAGCUCAUAUCAGCACUCUGGGUUUAGCCCCAAGCCAUUCUGCAGACGUUGCAAUAGAGCACACCAUGGGAUUUGCCAGUUUGAGGGUGUGUGCUUUCAGUGUGGACAGGCGGGACAUAUUAAGAGAAAUUGCCCUUAUGGAGAGGCGGGAGUGUUAGGGGCGAGCCCACCAUCACAUCAGGCCAGUGGAUCGCGGGGUCAGAGUUCCCGAGGGAGUUAUGCAGUAGGAGGUUCAUCGGGAUCAGUCCCACAGCCUGUUGGACCGAGCAGGGGUAGAGGACGGAGGCCCCAGCAGACAGGGCAGGGUCGAGUGUUUGCGAUGACCCAGCAGGAGGCCCUAGCUACACCGGACGUCGUGGCAGGUGCACGUGCAAGUAGCGGAGUCGAUCCUGCGGAGGAUCUUGAUUGAGAUACGUGCACAAGGUACCAGGUUGUCGGUGUUCACUCGGAGCGGACUUGAUCUUCCUCGCUGUAUUUGUUCGCGCAGUACCUUGUUCUUCUUUUACUGCAGUUGUAAUAUUUCGUUCACUUUUGCUGUAUUCUGUAUUUUGUAGUACUUCAUAAAGCUCUGUAUACUGUAUGGGACACUUAUGUAUUUGUAUUGCACUGGAUUACUGUAUUUUUAUUUUGGAGUGCUGAAAUUUGUGGAA